AUGCCGCAAGAGCCCCAUCGCUUUGUCUCCAUAUUGCAAAUUCCUGCUCAACCACCAGCUCGAACAGCUACAACAAUGUCGGCAUCGAUUCGCGCAGCUACUGUGACGGACCCGUCCAUCUUCGAGAUCCUUUUCAAGCAAAAGGACGGCCUUGACAACCCGCAGGAGGAAGCCGCGUCGACUUCAAGCAAAGCCAAGGAGGAGGAACCGCAGCUUUUGCUGCCUGUGAAGCAGCCGACGCUGCUUGCCGACCUCCACUUACUGCAGCAACUCACACAGCAGCUCCAGGCUGCAACACUGAGCACUGCAAGCAACAAUCACGACGACGAUGAUGGUGUGGCAGCAGCGAAUGCCGAGACAGAGAGCCUAGCCACUCUGUACUGCCGCCGCGCAGCAGCACUGUUGGCUUUUGUCGACUACGACGUCACCACGACGGUGCCCCUUGAUAUUCUAGCCUCCGGUCCGUCGUCGAGCUCUGUCCGCGAUGAGGCGAACCAGCCAGCACCGAUGCUGGAGGCUGUUAGGCAAGCGCUUCAAGACGCUCAGGCUGCAGCGGCACUUUCCUCAAACAAUGCAACGAUCGCUGAAGCUCAUUUGCUGUCGGCGAAUUGCUCGCGUAGCUUGGGGGAGCUUGCACACGCUCGCGCAUUUGCAGCACUGGCGGCAGCAGCACUACCGGGAAGCUAUGCGAUCACGAGUUUGGCUGAGCAACUGGACGUGGAAGCUCGCGCUGACACUGCAGAGCUCUUGCCCAAGCUGCGCCUCACCUCGGCGGCUUUUCCGACAUCAAAUAGUGUCAGUAUCGCCGGCGCUGCUGAUGUUGAACAGGAGGAAGACGGGAACAACAACGACCAACCUGAGCAGCGUGUUACGAAGGCGUCUGCAGUGGCUCCAUUGCUGUCAAUUGAAACCCCAGCGGAGCAGAGCUCGUUCUGGCAUCAUGUGGCGCCGCACUUUCAAACACUCGAAGAAGCUGCCAAUUCUCCCUGGCUGGAAAAGCUCGAGCGACUCAUGCACCAAAACGUUCACCACCGCUGCGCGCAGCCUAACGAGGUGCGUCAACUGGACGCGGCACUUCAGGCUGCAUUUGCUGCGCUAGCGUUAUUGCUCCAAAGCAGCGUCGCGUGCUCAGUGCUUGGACUCGACAUGAGGGACGACGCAGCCGCCAGAACUCUAGAGAAGCUCACUCAAACGGCUUCGUCAUCGCCGCAGACGCUGGUCCAGAAUCGCACGACAAGGAAGUGGAUUGUGUGCACGUGGGCUCCAAUCGUUCGCCUCGCGUCGUCGUCGCCUUCUACAUCGCCACUUACUGACUUGUCAAACGAUGUGCUUGUGAUGCUAGCACGUUUGCUUCAGGCAUCGGGGAGCUGGAGGCGAUGCACUGCCAUGGGGCACAGCUUGGCAUACGCCGAAAUGGGCUUCGACCUGGCAAAAAUUCUCCGUGAGAGCGGAACUGACCCUGCUACUUGGUCACGGCUGGAGUUGCAGUGCGCUGAAGCCUUCGCAACAGCUUUGCUGCAGCGAAGCUCAGGUCAAAAUGAGGCCUUGAAGACAUUCCGAGAUGCUCUCCAAGGCGCUCUUCACGUCGGGGACCAUGAGUACGAGCUUCGAGCUCGUCUGCAUGUGGCUAAAACGCUUCGGCUCAUGGAAGAGCCCGAGAUUGCGCACGCUGAGCUUGACCAGCUACUAGUACGCUGUCGAGCUCUGAACGACGUUCACAUGGAAGCGAUGGCCGAGUACGAGAUGGGUGAGCACUUCGUUCAGCAAGAGGACCUGGAGACUGCGCACGAACACUUCCGAGCGGCGCAGACGCUGUGCAACCGCACGGCCAACUGUGGGGACUCGUGGCGCCCUCGAUCCAUUCAGCAGGCGAUCGCGUUUUACGCGCGUCUGCGGCUGACAGCUCGUCGCGGAGCCAUGCGCUGCAGCGUCUCGACUCUGCUUCGCUCGGUCGCCGAUGACCGAGAGGACGACAGCGACGAGUCUGAAGCGGAAGACGACAGCCACGAUGUCCUGAAGCAAGAGGAGCAGCAGGAGGAGACGCAGCGCCCCAAGGAACGGCGCCAGGCCUUUUAUCUCAAGAGAUCAAGCCCAGAGCCGCGCUCAUUGAUGAGCACGAUCAUGAGCACGACGGGCGGGAACUCGCUGAGCGGACCGAAGCCCAAGCGCACGAUGACCUGGCGCGAGUCCGUGUUCACCACGGCGUGGCCGGCUGGCAACAUGGUGGCUUCGCAAUUCUAG